ACGGGAAGUUGACGCGUCGACCCGAGAUCGGCAAGCCAUAGCUCUCACGCUACAUCGUCGCCGUCAUCAUCUAUCUUAUAGCCGAAUCAAAGAUAGGUUUGCCGAAGCAAUGAACAAGAUGGCUAACCCCUGGUCUCCUUCAAUAUCCGACGACUUCGUUGUCCUCCCCAAAAUCCCAUAUACACUCGCUUCGCAUCACGUCCCGUCGCAUUGCCUUGCCCUACCACACAGAUCAAAAUGUCGGACACGAAGACUCCCCACGAUCUGAACUGCCUCACCAUCGGCGAACUCGAGAAGCUUGCCGCAGAGCGCAUGGACAAGCAGACACGCGACUACUACAAUGAAGGCGCCGACUCUGGAUCGACGCUCCUCGAGAACAUUACCGCAUACCAGAAGUACCGCAUCCGUCCACGCGUGCUUCGCGACAUCUCCUCCAUCGAUACGACCGUAAACGUUUUCGGGCACAAGAAUAGCAUACCCCUCGGCGUCGCACCAACCGCUAUGCAAUGUCUCGCCCACGACGACGGUGAACUAGCGACUGCACGCGCAUGCGCCAACAAGGACAUAGUAAUGGGCCUGAGUAGCUUCAGCACAACCAGUCUUGAAGACGUGAAAGGCGCGUUGGGCAACCAUCCCGGAGCCCUACAACUCUACCUCUUCGAAGAGCGCACCCAAAGCCAAAAGCUCAUCCAACGCGCCAAGAAAGCCGGCUACAAAGCCGUCAUGCUCACAGUCGACACCCCAGUUCUCGGGCGCCGAAACUUGGAGAUAAGGAACCAGUUCAAGCUGCCAAAACACCUCAAAGUAGCAAACUUCAACCGCGACGACAACCACGACGCAGGGACGAAGGUCGAAGAUAAGAUCGCCUUACCAUCCACGGAAGCGAACGAAUCGCGCAAACGGAGCGAGACACCCAGUGCCAGCGAUGGCAACAAGAGACAGCCACCACAAGGACCGAUAACCUUUCACACCCACGCACCCAACCCGACCUUAUGCUGGGAACGCGACAUAACCUGGUUGAAAGAACAAUGUUACCCAGAGAUGGAAGUCUGGGUGAAGGGCGUCGCGACGGGUGAAGACGCACUACUAGCGUGCCACCACGGCGUCGAUGGUAUUGUUGUGUCGAACCAUGGAGGAAGACAACUUAACGGCGCGUUGGCUACCAUUGAUGCGUUGCCUGAAGUUGUUGCCGCGGUGCGUUCGCAGACUGGGAAGACGAUUCCUGUACAUGUCGACGGAGGAAUCAGGCAUGGGACGGAUGUAUUCAAAGCACUCGCGCUAGGUGCGGACUUCGUCUGGGUUGGCAGGCCGAUACUUUGGGGAUUGGCGUACAAAGGGCAAGAAGGUGUUGAACUAGCGCUGAAGCUAUUGAGUGAUGAAUUCAAGUUGUGUAUGGGACUUGCGGGUGUGACAAAAGUUGAGGAUAUUGGAAGAGAGUACUUGGUCAAGAUGGAUCGAAGUGGGUUUGUUAGUCGUCUUUAGAGAUUAUGAUCGUAUAUCGUCGGGUAGCUCUGGAUGUAUAUACUUUUGACACGAUUCUUGUAUGUACACAUGGGAUCAAACAUGUUAUGACAU